GCAGUUUGUUUGAUGAUCACUCAGUAGCAUCACGGCCACAACCCGCUGGCGCUCCUAGAUAGACAUAUAUGAUAGCGUACAUAUCCGGCCAAUCCGUAGCACCCGUUUCGAUGAUCACUUUCCCACUGGUGGGCCAUCCAAACCCAUCCGUCUGUCUAUCUAAUCACGCUCUUCAGUUCGACUCUAAUGGACGAUUAGGGGACCACAUCCGGCGCGGCAGCCGGUGCCACCGUCAGUUGCGCUCGUCGGUCGCCGGCUCCCGGUCAGCUGGAUCCGCCGCCGUCGCCCGGGUCAUACACAGCUCACCGAGAGGCCACCGCUCGGGUCACGAUGGUUUCCGCAGGACGCCGCCGGCCCUGGCUGGCUCUCAUCCCGCUGGCCCUUCUGCUGCACGCAGGCUCGGCGGCCCGUCUAAGCGCCGCUGCGCAGGACGACGAAGGGUUCGACAUUCUCGCCGCCAUCAAGGACGAGGUGGAUACCAUGAACACAAACCUGGAUGAGCUCUCGGCAGCCAUCGAUAGUGCGAUGACCACGACCGAGGCCCCGGCUCCAACGACCACCGGGCAGCCGUCACCCACUCCAGCGCCCACCACCCAACCACCGACCACCACAACCACAGAGGCGCCGACAAAACCGACGACGACGAAGGCACCGACAGAGGCACCGACAACCAGGACACCGACAACUACGGAGCCACCCACAACCACGGAGGCACCUACAACCACGCAGGCACCAACCACCACGGAGACACCCACAACCACGGAGGCACCUACAACCACGCAACCAUCGACCACCACGGAGCCAUCGACUACCACAGAGGCACCAACAACCACGGAGUCAUCGACCACGAGUGUCACAUCAACGACUGGAGGGGAUGAAAAUGGCACGAAUCUUUCAGGUAAUGAGGACGUUGACGUUUUACACAGGCAGAUCAGAGAUACUAAGCAGCGUGGACUAUUGGUAUCCAGACGUCUUCCCAGUCCCAAACUCAGCGACGUUCCUUGUAGUAGCUUUGCAGACAUCCCAGCUACGCUGGACAAGGCACAGGAAGCGCUUGACCUGGUCGCCCAACAACAGUUCGCCAACACCACCCUGGAAAAACUGCAGGCCAGCAACACUGAUCUCAACUUCACCACCUCCUGUGUCGAGCGUAAAGAAAUCAAACCGGACGACAGCACGGCGAUAAAGGAAGCCAUCUCUGCGGCCGAGACGAGCGGCGAGGCGGCCUCUGACACCAUCGACCACGCCAACCCGACGACGCCAACUCCUGAGGACGACUCCGGGUUCCGUUCGGCCACCAUCGCGCUCGGCGUGCUCUUCUCUCUGGCGGUGGUGGCCAUCGCCGGACUGGCCAUCUAUGCACAGCGCCAGAAGUCGGGCGGACACAUGAGCUAGGCGGGCCAGAACCCAGCGCGUGGCUCCACCACCCCCACGGGCAUCUAAUCGGCCGACUCUCGGCUGUCUGGAGGGGCGCGGAAGGCGAGGUUCUCCUAUCAAGAAACAUUCGUAGAGUAAUCCUUGCGGACUAUCUCGCAUUCAGCUUUGUAUCGGCGAGACGCUUAUUGUGCUUUGUACUGAGUGAGUGUAAGCGCAAGUCGGCUGUUUGACUCAGAGAGUGGGUCUCGUGUUUGUUGAAGCGUUGUUGACUUCCGCUCGUACUGUGCCUGCCCACCACAAUCCCGCAAAGCGAGUGGUGUAAAUUUACCAUUACAAUUGCCAUAAAGCUUCAAAAUAUGAACAAAUGAUGUCAAUAAAUCAAACAGUUACACCA